AUGUCGGACGCGGACGAGAAAAAGGUCGCGCAAGACACGGCGCUUCCCGUGGCUGAACAACAGGAGAAACCUCGGUGGACAACAAGCCGCACCGAGCUCUGGGCCUUCUAUGUCUACUACAUCGGGAACAACGGCCUCUCAGGCUUCAACUUCGGGCCCUCGCAGUUCCAGAACCUCCUCUUCCUCGCUGGCUACGAUCCCAGCCAGCCACCGUUCACCACCCCGUGUGGUUCGGGGGCUUGUGUGCUCCCGUACCUAGGGCAGGUCCGCGACGUGAAUUCCAUCGUCCUGCUCACCAAUGGCAUAAGUUUUGCACUCCAAGCCAUAGUGCUUCUCAUCAUUGGAGCUUGGGCAGAUUACGGGACUUGGCGACCAAAUAUCACCAUUAUCUUCACCAUCUUCGCUGUCGCAGUGUCGUUUGCCUGGCUUGGAGUAGAAGAUCCUUCUCAGUGGCAGGCUGGGGUUGCGCUAUACAUCUUGGGCCUGAUAACAUACCAGUGCGCGCUCACUUUCUGGACGGCUGCGUUCCCUGGCCUGGCCCGGGAACUACCCAACGUCCAGGAAUCUGCAGCGGAAGUCGCCGCUGGCGAGAAAAGCGUCGAAGCGCAUGCUCACUACGAGUCCAUGGAGCGCAACAGGAUCUCGAACGUUUCCUUCGCUGUCUGCUCAGUGGGAGAGAUCUUGAUUUUGGCCGUCAUGGUCGGUAUCCUCAAAGGCCUUCACUCUGAUGAAAGCACGGAAAACAACACGAAGGCAUUCAGCGUGCUCAUUGCUUUCUCUGGUGGCGUGUGGCUGCUCUGCGCUCUUCCCUGGUUCUUCCUGGAGAAGCGCCGCCCAGGUCUCGCGCUCCCUCUCGGAGCCUCUAUGCUCACCAUCGGCUUCAAGCAGACUGUGGUAGCCUUCCGGGAGUGUAUGCGCCUCAAGCAGACAUUCCUCUACUUGGUCUUCUACUUUUUAAUGGGAGACGUGUUGAACACCACUGUCACGGUGAUUGGAACCCUACAGAACAGUGUGGUGUCCUACUCGACGCUCCAGCUUACCCUGCUCCUGAUCGUCGGAAUCACCACCCAGGCGCUAGGCAUCUAUCUGUUCUGGCUUGUGCAGAAACGCUUCCAAAUUCGAACGAAGACGAUGCUCAUUUUCAACGUCUUUUGGAUCAUCGUCCUCACCAUCUGGGGCUUGAUCGGCAUCCACACCGACAAGUUCGGGUUCAAGCACGUCUGGGAGAUCUGGCUGUAUCAGGCAUACUAUGGCCUCAUGGUCUGCCCGUGGUACGCGUACAGUCAGACCAUGAUCAGCGAAGUCUCGCCGCUGCCUCAGAUGUUCCUCUUCUUCGCGCUCUUCUCCGUGGUGGGGAAGACGUCCGCGUUCAUCGGUCCGCUCGUCUCGUCCGCCAUCAUCACCGCCUCGGGGAACAACGACAACUACCCGUUCGUCUUCCUCUUCACCCUCGGGGUGCUGAGCACGGCCUUCCUCUUCAUGGUCGACGUCGACAAGAGCCGCACGGAAUGCGACGAGUUCAUCGCCGCCGAAGCGAGGCGCGAAGCGUUCGCCGCCACCGCGCCGUGA